CCUGAUAUACUGCCUCCUUGUCCUCCCACAACCAUCCACCACCAUCGUCGUACGUCCGAUCAUCGUUUUGUAAUCGUUUCAGAGACCUUCUUUGCGUGUAGGCAGCGUUCGAGCUGGCCAUGACGUCCUUCUCUCCACCCCUCACCUCGACCUCCUCACCGCGUCUCGGCCCCUCGAGCUCCUCCUCCUCAUCCACCAGUCGAGCAGCCCCGCCGACCAUCUCCCUUCCUCUCAGCCCUGGCGCCGGCCUAGGACCCUUUGUGCUAGGCUCUACAGUCUACACGACGCUCCGAUAUCUCAGACACUCCUCGACGAAUCAUAGCAAAGGGCAAGGUCAUACACAACAGGCCAAUGGACCCACCCUCUUCCCACGCGUCACGUUUGACUUUGAGGCGCACGAUCCUCGCGAUGGACUUGUAGUCGUACGGCCAGAUUGCAGGCUCAGUUGCGUAUUCGAUGGCGGGCGGAUGAAGGUCGUUGUGCUCACCCUGGCCAAUGAGGGCAGUGAAGAGGACAUUGGAGCAUCGAGUGGAGUCAACGGGGAAAGUGAGGAGGCGGCGUACAGGAGGAGAGUUGAGCUGCUCUGGAAGGGCAAGAUAUUGUAUGCCGACGGCGGCGAAGAAGGAGGAAGGAGCAGGUCUGCUUCUUCCAUGCUCAGCAGAGGAGAUAUACAGCAAAUGUUUGGCCCUACCUACCCCGCGAGGAGAUACACCAGCACGGAUGGCUUGCACGACUACCUGCCCCUUUCCGGCAACAAGACUUCCGCGUCCUCUUCAUCCAGCAGCUCAACCUCGCGAUUACCACUGCAGAAGGAGAGGUGGCUGCUGUCAUACGACGGCUUCUCGUUCUUGUUCGCCGCCGAAGGCCAAGAUCGAAGCGAGCUGAGCAAGAAUGCCAGACCUAUCGCGCUGGUGCUGCACGUCGGCGAGGAUCCUCUCAAUCCGGGAGAGGUACCAUGGCCUCGGAUGGAACCCCACGCGGGGCUCAAGCGAGGGAGCGAGACCAGAGCCAUCUCUCUGGAAGGACAGAUAACAGACACUGCGCAGUGCGAUGGAAUCUGGAAGGAUGCCAAUGUGGCGAGUGCAGGGAUGAUUGUUGAGGAGGCCAUCAUCAGACCCCACCGAGGGCUCACCCUUCAACUCAUGCGCACACCGAACGAUGCCACCACAGGUAGCACUCCGACAAGAUCGAGGCUCCAGCUGAAGCUUCACGAAACGUCGCAGCAGGAUGUCCUCCUCGAUUUGGGCGCCCCAGAGAGGAAGUGGGUCAAAGGCGAAAAGGGGAUGGUCGACGGCUUCAGCAUGGAGGAAGGCGCCGACGAAGUCGACUUUGGCAUCUCUCCCACUCCGCCCACCUUCUAUUCGUACCCCUCACUGGGGCUAGACCUGCUCUUUGCCCCACUUUCGCCAGAGCAAGGCGAGCCGGAAGAGGAAGACGAGUCCCAUUUGCCUCUUUUGAGGCGCAUCGUUGUUCACUCGGACGUACCCGGGUCCGCAACUUGGGGACGCUUCGAGCAUGUUAAUUGGAAAGUCGAGAUUCCAGCACUGGGUAUGGGGGCAAAGGACGGCAGUGAGCCGACGUCGAAGCCUACCACUACGAGUACAAGUGUCAACGUCAACGGCACCAUCAAGAAGAAGACUACGACCAAGUCUUCCGCUGCGAUCACUGCGAGCAAGACGAGCGGAACCUCCACGCCAGUUCCGCCUAGUAGCGAGGAAGAGGAGCAGGGCGCAGGAGAGGGCAAGGUAGAAUACCUCGACUGGCGCACCGAUCUCCCGACCCUCUACUCGCGUCUUUCCUCCCGACUCCCCUCCUCCAGCACCACUAGCAGCAGCGCCAACACGCGCGAAGUCCUCGACCUGGACCGUUCCACCUCAUCCGAGUUCCGCAGCCUCCUGACCCUCGAUGUGCGCACCACGCUGAGAGGUUUCCCCGGGCUAGUGGGAGAGGUACUGCCUUUGCCUGUCGGUGGGGCUACGAGUACGGGUACGGCCAUUGAUGAGAAGAGGAAGAUGGAGGUUCAGGGGAGGAGAACUGGGGGAACAGAGGAGGAGAGGGGAGUGGUCGUUGCGUGGACGAUUUGUUGAUUCUUCAUUCAUUGAGAUGCUCUCGAGAUACGACGAGACGUUGAUGUGUAGACACGAAAUUUAUACCUUGGUAUUGAG